AUGUUUGGAGCUCAGCCCACCUCCGCCUUUGGCACACCUUCGUCCACCCCCGUCUUCGGCACUCCAUCCUCCACCCCCGCCUUCGGCACUCCGUCUUCAAUACCAGCCUUCGGCACUCCAUCCACGCCUUCAUUCGCCACCGGCUUCGGUACAUCACUGUUCUCAACCCCAUUCUCCCAACAAUCCCAACCGCAACCGCAACAGCAACAGCAACAGCAACAAACUUCUUUGUUUCAGCCACAACAAAGCUCCGGUGGUUUUGGAUUUUCGACUCCAUUCGGUGCCGCACAAGCACAAUCUACUCCGUUCGGUCAGUCAACGUUGACUCCGGGGUUGCAGUUCGGAAAUGCGCAAUUGACCACUCAGAUGGCUCCUGUGGCUCCUCUUCCUUUCUCUCUCGCCGAUCGGGACAUUCAAGCGAUUGUUGAUGCUUACAAGAUGGAGCCUGGAAACCCUAAGUAUGCGUUUAAGUGGAGGAUGAAGAAUUUUGUCUGCAUUUGUGUGACUGAUUCAUUUGAUGAGCACACCAAAGGAAUGUUGCAACAAAAGAAAGGAGGUGCAUUUGGAGAGCAUUUGUUGUUCAGUGUGACAGAGCCUCAGUAUAGAACUAAGCCAGCUGGUGUAUCAGAUAUUAUGUGGUCAGAGGCAAUGGGGAAGUUGGAAGGAAUGGAGAGUUCAAACCGAGAACGCCUUUGGCCUCAGCUUGUUCAAGGUUUCAAAGAUCUUUCCCAACGUCUUAAGCAUUUGUUGUUCAGUGUGACAGAGCCUCAGUAUAGAACUAAGCCAGCAGGUGUAUCAGAUAUUAUGUGGUCAGAGGCAAUGGGGAAGUUGGAAGGAAUGGAGAGUUCAAACCGAGAACGCCUUUGGCCUCAGCUUGUUCAAGGUUUCAAAGAUCUUUCCCAACGUCUUAAGCUUCAAGAUGAGGUCAUUAUUUCAGAUGCUGAGAGAUUGAAAAUGACUCAAAGCAACGUGAAAAUGCUUCAGAGACAUUUUCAAGCUGACACCCUUCCCUGGAUUGAAAGGCUGAGACAGAAAGAGCAAGGUCUUCAAAGGCGCCUCUUAAGAGUGAGACAAUCUUGGAGUGCACUCUUGAUCUUUGUUGCAGCAGUAGUGUCUGCUUUUAAUGCUCAUCCUUCUUCUUGUUGCAUACAUGCUUGCUUUUGAUAUUUUGCAAAAAGGUGAUGAAAAUACUGGAGGCAUUGGAAGGAAAAGGUUGUCGAUUGCCGUUGAUGAAAGGAGAAGCCGAAUUAGCUGAGAAGUUGGCUGCAAUAACUAGACAGUUGAAAGGAUCUGGAGCCGAACUUUCUAGGAGGGUUCAGAAUCUGCUAACUGUAUCUCGUGUCCAACCAAAUGCACUUGGUGGUGGUGCUGUUUAUUUUCCUGGAUCAACCAAAAUACAUGAACAAAGUCUUGCUGAUAUGCAGGAGGUAUGGCUGGACAAGUUUUAAAUUCAUAAUGCUGAUCACAUGGCCAUUUUUUUUCUAUUUUGCGAGUAUUUUCACAACUUCAAGGGAAAGAACUUAAUAAUGCGUGAUAACUGUAUUACAAGCUAAACAUAAUGUGUAAGAGUGUCAUUAUAAGCUUUUGAGUGUAGUAUAAACUAGUCUUUAUUGUUCCAUCUACGUAUAAGUUUAUGUUCCCAGCACUUGUAUGUUCACGACUUUAUUAUCUAAAUCAUAAGAGUGGGCAAUGCCAGCAACCGCAAGGAUGUCUUGUAUUAGGCUGUGGAAAAAUGACUGGUUUCUUGUAUUGAUUGGGGGCAGGUCUUACAACACCAGACUGCGG